AAAAAUUAUAGCUUAACCCUCGCUCCUCCGCUCCGCAACCCUAAUGAACGCGCAAAAGAUAAAAAGAUGGGAAUUUGCAGCUCCUGUGGGCCAAGCACGGUGGCCACGGCGAAACUAAUCCUUGAAGAUGGCCGGCUCGAAGAAUUCCAGGUCGCAGUUAGGGUUUCACAGAUAUUACAAAGAAAUCCUAGUUGUUUCAUAUGCAACGCAGAUGACUUGGGCUUUGAUGACCACGUUUCAGCCAUUAAUGAUGAUGAAGAGCUGGAGUUGGGUCAGCUUUACUUCGAAUUGCCAGUUAGCUGGUUGGACUGUCCCAUUAAGGCUGAAGAAAUAGCUGCCUUGGCUGUAAAGGCAAGUUCGGCUAUAAAGAUUGGUCGUAGAGAUGGGUGUUGUUGGUUUGGGUUGAGGAGUGUGGAUCUGGUAGAGUUGAAUAGCAAGAAACCUGUGGAGGAUAACCCAUUGGUGAUAGGCAGUAGUGAUGGUGGUGGUUAUAUUGGAGGACUGGUGGCAAGGAGGAGUGGUGGUGGCAGAGAAAGGAAAUUUAUUAAUAAGUUGAGUGCUAUUUUAGAAGAGUAAGGAGACUAAUAUAUUUAUAUGUUGUUAAUUUGAUGGUUUUGCCAUUGCUGCAGGUUUAUCAUAAGUUGUUCCCCUUCACUUUGUACAGAAUUUUGGAGCUACAAGAGAUUUCAUCACUUUUCUUCUUAUUUGUGUCUCUAAAUGCCUUGAAUCCAAGUGAUCUCUCCCUGCAACCUUUAUAAUUGUAUCUAAUUUCAUUUCAAGCGUUUCUGCUUUCUGUUCUAGUGAUCUUAUUCAGAGCCAAAGGAUUUAUAAUAGCAUAUGAA